AUGCCGGAAAGUAUGCAAGUUUGCGUCGACAGCGAGGGGAGAAAAGUGAAUAUGUUCACGCGACAAGCCGUCGCGGCUCCCAGAGCGAUUAAAGAGAAGCAGAUUUCCACGCACCAACGCAACGUGUGCAUGCACAACUGUUUCGGGCGAGGCGUGUGCAAGGAUCGCGUUUGCUAUUGCGAAACCGGACGAUUCGGGAUGUUGUGCCAAUUUGACGCAGACGAUGUGUCGGUCGACACGAUCCAGGCGUCCAUGGGUACGAAACUCGACGGGAAGCGCGAGAUGCGAAUAGAGUAUUACGACGGUUUGUCGUCUCACGCGCGCAUUCCACUCUUCACGAAGGCGUAUUACUUAGAUAUUAAAAAGGAACAUCUCGGCGAAGAUGACCUGCACGAGCAGUCGCAAAUUGACGCCUCGGCGUACGCCUCGGCGGCACAUGUAGCGGAGACCAUCGUAGAGAAACGCUGGAAGCGAACAUUGCUGACGCCUCGAUCGGGAACACACAGAUUUGUGCCCUUCUUUCCUACAAACAUAGGAGGCAAUGUGGGCGCUGCCGACGUGUAUCUCCCAUACGUCGUCAGACAGUUGCCAAACAACGAUGGCGACGACGAUCCGUGGUACAUUUUCGUGAGCAUGCAAGACCGAGGCUUCUGUCUGCACGAUCGCAUGCGCGAUAUGCUGCCCCCACGUUCCAUCGUGGUGCACAGUUUCGGCUGGCAAAAGUUUACAUCUGAAGAUGUCAACGCAGAGGCAAGGUGUCACAGACCGGAUUUUGACGUCGUCAUCCCUUCGCGCCGACACGCAUACCAAACGGCGUUCGACGAGAACGAUUUCAAUGCUUCCUCGAAAACCGGUCCUAUGCUUUUCUUUAGCGGUAGCCUCAGAGACGAACCCGGUUGCAAGGGUGAAGAUCUAUUGCAGAACAGACUGAAGUGUAUAGACGUGUACAGUCAAGGCGUUCGGAUGUACGUCGUCGAAACGUUUCAGAACGUCAGCGAUUUUAGCUUGAACGCUCCGGGAGGAAAAGAGGCGUUCUCGCGAGACGUCAUGAAGACGGCGAAAUACUGCCUGGUCGCGGGUGGACAUGGGUUCGACAUGCGUCUAGUCGACGGAGUCGCCCGAGGUUGUGUGCCGUUACUCACGGCCAUCCAGAUGAGUUAUCCGUACGACAACGUCUUGGAUUAUUCCAAAUUCGCCCUCGACAUCGGCGAUAGAUGGGGUAAAACUAGCGAUAAACUCCGGAAUUUACCCGACACGCUGAAAGAGGCGUACGCAAAGGGCGAUCACGGUGACAUGGUUCGUCGUCUGCGGUAUGUGCAUGAAGUGUACGUAAUGGAAGACGAACUCACCGAUGAAGAGUACCGAGAAGCGCACUUGAACAACGUCACCGACGCCGGUUUUGCGACCAUGUUAGCUUCCAUCGCGCUCGGCACGAAUGUCGUCUUGCCGCCAUAUUUCCGAACAACGCUCUGCACUCUGGCGUAUGAUUUUUUAGAUGGGCGUGGACACGAGAUAUUUAAGAAGGAGGCGCUCGAUUCGUUUCGCUGCUCACAAGCCCAGCGGACAAACCCAGCGAACUUGUAA